GGGGGCGCUAUAUUAGGGCCGCAGGAAGCCGGGCCGGGAGGGACGGGGCGCCCAGAAAGGCGCCGCGGCUGCAGCCACCGCGGCGGAGGCGCCGCCGCCGUGCCGUGCCCGAGCCAUGGGGCCCCGCCGGACCCCCCGCGCCCCCCGCUGCAAACUGCUCUCCUUGGCUAAAAUGAACAUCAGAGCACCUCUCUCCGCUGGAAUGUAUAUCCCAGGAUGAUCUAAUCCUUUACAAACUAACUUUCUGGAAAAAGAAACAAAAGAAAACUCUUCUUUCCACAAUCUGGUUCCUUUAAUUUCUGUCUUGCUCCCACAUGGAAAACCUAAAUUUGAAUGUUGAUAUUACUCACUUCUAAAUCUCCUGGAACGUGGAAGGAAGGAUCGGUUUUCACUGAGAGAUUAGCCACAGCUCACAGAAGGAGAUUUGGAACCACUGUUAAAAGGUGAAACAAAACACCCAGCUUUGCCUUUUUUAAGCCCACCUGGGGAAAAUGAAACAUCGUCCCUCAUCGACGGAGGUCUUGGAAUGGGUAUGUUCAGCAUAAGUGCUUGGUGCUAGCUGGCCGGCGUUCCCCGAAAGCCCAGCAACGUUUCCUUUUUGCCUUACUUUGGACCCUACGUUGUAUUUUGGCAGCCGAGACAGCAGGACCUGGACGAGAAAGAUGGUUGCCGUAAGGAAAAGGAACGUGAAAAUGUUUACGUUCGCCUUUUUGCUCAUCACGAUAACAUCGUUUCUGCUCAACUACAAGCACCAGGUGACCAUGACCACCUGGGACCCUAAGCACCUCAUCAUGCAGUUUUCUGAUCAAUUCAGGAAGCUUAUCAAAUACCCCAGAAGACCGUGCAGCUGUACCACAUGUGUUUCGGAGCAAGGACGUUCCCUCUGGUUUGAUCAGAGAUUUAAUCAAACUAUGCAACCUUUCCUGACCUCACGGGAUGCCUUGAUCCCAGAAGACAGCUACAGGUGGUGGCUGAAAUUGCAAGGAGAGAAAAGUCCUAAGAAUAUCAAUGAUACUCUCAAGGAAUUGUUUGAGAUCGUUCCUGGGGUUGGGGAUCCACUGCAGGAACGAGACAUUUUCACAUGCAGACGAUGCGCUGUCGUGGGAAACUCCGGGAACCUUCGGCAAUCUCAGUAUGGCCAAGAUAUUGAUUCCCACAACUUUGUGCUCAGAAUGAAUCGUGCCCCCACUGCUGGCUUUGAAUCAGAUGUUGGCAGCAAGACCACUCACCACUUUGUUUACCCCGAGAGCUACAAAGAAUUAGCAGAAAAUGUGAGCAUGAUCGUGAUCCCUUUCAAAACCCUGGACCUGCGCUGGAUUGUCACUGCUCUCACCACAGGCACCAUCAACUUCACAUAUGUUCCGGUUCCAAGGAAAAUCAAAGCCAAAAAAGAAAAGAUCCUGAUUUAUAACCCAGCUUUUAUCAAGUACGUCUAUGAAAACUGGCUCCAGUAUCAUGGGAGAUACCCCUCCACAGGCCUUCUGUCGCUGAUAUUUGCACUCCAUGUAUGCGAUGAGGUGAAUGUGUAUGGUUUUGGAGCAGACAGCAGGGGACACUGGCAUCACUACUGGGAAAACAACCCUUCCGCGGGGGCUUUCCGGCAAACAGGUGUCCAUGAUGGGGAUUUUGAGUUCAAUAUAACUUUGACUCUUGCCUCCGUUGAAAAAAUAAAGUUUUUCAAGGGCAGAUGACCCUUGCCAUGGGAAGAAGUGGGGGCUGCAAUUUCCAGCAUGCAGCAGAACAGAUUUUAAUGAAGAUGAUCUGGAAGCUAGCCAGGUUUAAGUGUGAAUCUGCGGUGGAUUUGGCAUGUCUCACUGCUGCAAUGAUCAUUGCAUGGAGCUCGGCCGAAGACCAGGAUCCCAGCUGCACUUCAUUUCCUUCUACAGAUAGCUGGGACCUACCAAUCAGUCUGGGGAUAAAUGAUAUGCUGAAUCACUGCUUAGGCUCUACAGCUUAAUUCCUGAAUUACUGAUGAAAAAUCUGCCUGUUGCAAUUAAGGGAAACCUGGACACAAAAACUGCUAUUUGUGUGUUCACUCUUUCCUUGAACAAGGCAGGAAAUCCUUGAAGAAAAGUAAAAACAACUUCUGGGAUCUGACACCCACUAGGGUAGCUGUGAACAUCAUAGUAAGGAUUACCUCAAAGAAAUGAAUUCAAUUCUGCUGUUGAUCUUCUUUUUGAACCAUCUCUUCAGUUUCCUCUAUUACUUCUGGGUUUAUGCUGUAUUAAGCAAGAAUGUGAUGACGUUGCCUGGAGUAGUAACUCUUUCUGCCAAUGCCUCAGUCUGCAUUGAUAGCAUCUGAAAAUAUGAAUUGAAUCAUCUCUGAUCAUGUAUUAUUUAAUAUUGCUUCCUAUACAGCCAUAAUGAGAGGAGAAAACAAUACUGAAAACUCCAGCAAAAAAUGGCCUUUUUAGCUACUUGUUUGUUUGUCUUCUUUGGUUAUAUAUAUCUUUUAAUUUUUUUUCUUUUUUUUUGUGGAAGAUACUCUGGAAUGCUGAUUUUUAUUUAAUCAAUACAGUUUAAGGUUGGGAAGUGGACUUUUUUCUUUCAGUCGUUUACAUGUGCCUUUUAUAAUUGUGCGACAGAUGUAUUUUUUUUUUAAGAUGACAAACCCUAAAUUAAACUUUUUUAUAAAAGGGGGAAAAAUUAACCAAAGUUUAGCCUCCAUGUGGUAUAUUUUGUAGUCAAAAUUAAUAAUAGCAGUUCCUAUAUUGUACUUGAACAAAUGCAAACAAGGCUAAUUUUUAAAGGUAGCUUUUACCUUUUUUAUGGGAAAAUACCCAAAAGUUCCAAGGAAAUUUUUCCUAUUUUUUUACAAAUUUAGAAAGUGGUCUCUCUUUACAAGGUCUCUAUUUGAAAUGGAAGAAGAAAUAUCAUGGGUGGCAAUAUAAGACAGUAAUAUAAUAGGAAUACUUAGCACUGUAGCAGCCUCUACAAGGACACACUCUACACACGCUGAUUCUACAGUGAAAGCCAGAUUUCCAAAUUAUGUGCACUUCUGGAGGAAUGAGUAUAUUAAUGUCAGUACCUGUAGGCAGUGAGAGGAGGGAACUGACAAUGGAGAUUUUAUAUCCAUAGAUUUUUGCUAGAAUCAAUACAUUUGAUCCUCAAGGAUAUAUGAAGUAUGGCUCCAAGAACAAAGUUCAGGUGAUGGGCAGUGGGGAACUGUUUCUUAAUAUUAUGAUAAUAGGUUUCAUGGAUUACUGACCCAUUUCCAGCGGGAGUCUACCUAUUCCUGGCCUCAGCAGCACUCGCCAACAGUUGCUUUACCAACGUAUUUCUAUGGGACUUACAGCCAAGGAUGCCAAACUUCUAUGCGAGGAACUGAGCUCCCUGCCACAUGCACAUAACCCUUCAGUUUAGCAAUAUGGAAAGGGAAGGAUUCUCCAGCCUUCAUGCUGAGACCUGUUCAUGAUCCUUGUGUCAAGAAACCCUUUCCUAGUAUGGUGGGUAACAGAACUAUUCACUUGCAUGUUGCAGGAGGAGCAAAUUCAACAAACUUAGUAUCUGCUAAUGACCCUUUGUAAAAGAAUGACAAUUUUCUACCUGAAUCAUACUAGUUUGUUUGUUUUAAACAUUCCCACUGUCGAAAUUGUUGUAAAUCAAUAUGUUUCUAAUGAGAAAAUAAUAAACAGGUUUCAAGCAAAGCAGCUCUAUUAAGAGAAAAAAGACGUCAUGGAAGGUUCCAACAGUAUCUUCACCCUGUGGCUGGAUUUUGGAGAUACUUUUUGCAUCAUAAGCACUUCAGCUAUUUUAAUUUCUUUUCUAAUGGAGGGAUGUCAGUAAUUCAGAAACAUUUCAUUGCUGUUUCCUUCAUUUUUGGAAAGACUUGGAAGAGCACACAUGGUGGCUUGGUACCCAGUUCCUAUUGGUUUUUGAUCACAGAUGGCCAUUUGGAAUCAAAGAAAAUGAUCAAAGAUCAGCUAAAUUCUGGUUGUCUAGUUUUGAAAGUAUCCUUUUGCUGUCCAAAUUAAAUUUCCAAUUUUUCUCUGAAUAUUCUGCAUCUGACAGUACAUACGCAAUAUCUUGGCUCAUACUAUACUGAUCAGGUCUAGCAUCUUCACCAUGGGACAAGCUGCAGUUCCCAUCUAAUUUUCUUGCUGACAGCAAGCAGUAACUGUGUACCACUGAUGCCAUUUUUCUGAAUACAAGGAGAGCAGAAAGUGAACCUGGCUAUAUGUAGGAUGAGGAAUAGUUUAUGCCAUCACAUCCAGAGGAACUUUUAGUAGAGUCUUUUAGGUGAUUCACUGUUGUCAUGUUAGAUCUUUUGUUACAGUGUCUCCACAAUUUCUCUGCUCACCUAAAAGCCUUCAGAAUGAAGAGAUACCAACAGACGAUGCUGGAGGAACAAUUCAUUCCCACUGCCAGAGCUGAAGGCUUUCUGCUUUCCUGCUAGGAACUCUGAUUUUGUUUUGUUUAAAAGAAAAACAAAGAAAAACACUUAACAACCUGCCAAGGCUUCAAACUCUUGAACUGUAUUUGCCACCGCUGCAAAGUCUCUAAAGCACUCCUUGAGUGUGUUGUUUUUAACCAAAGCCAACUCUCUUGAGCACUUUUUUUUUUCUCCCAUGACUAGAUUUUCUUCCUAUUUUUCUUUGAAUACAUGGUUGAUUAUGAUAAUCAUUUCUUUGUUCUGAUUGUGAGGAGUCUCAAUCAUUCUUUGACAUUUUAUUUAUUUAAGUUUUCAGUAUGAUAUGAAUCAAAAUAAAUUUUUAUUGUAAUCGAAUCAAA